UUCAAAUUAUUUAUCCGUUAGGCACUGUCCCUCCCUCCCCGCACUGUCGCUCUUUCCUCUUCUCUUAUAUUUUAGGGUUUUAAAAUUUUGGUUUUAAACCCUAAAAUUCGUUCCUGCGAAAAAUCUCAACCAAAUUCUUCCAGCCGAACUCAUCUUACAGCUGAAUCCCUCCCAAUUCCUCCAAUUAUGAACCCUCCUGUUCAGAAUUUGGAAUCCAUGCUGAGAGAAUCUAUCAAGCACUUUUUGACGUCGUUCCAGAAUGGGGGCUCUGAUUUCUCGGCGUUCGAGUCGAUUUUCUUCCGCUUAAUCCAAACAAUGCUCGAUCCCCCUCUUGAAACAUCUUGGUUUUAUUCUGCUGUCACUUUCCACGCCGCGAAGUUGGACCAACAUAGCAACCCUUCCGCCAGGUUGCUCAGAGUAAAAGAUUUGAUGAAGUUUCUCGUUUCAUGUUCUAAUUUGAGCAGCGCUUCGAAAAAGAUUGCGCUGCUUGCACCCGUUGUGUGCGAGGUGUACAGCAUCGUCCGUGAUUGUAGGAAGGGUGUGCCGUUCGUGGAAACGGAGGUCAACAACUUGGUAGAUAAUAUUGUCAACUAUGUUACCAUGUCUGCUGGGGUUCACGCUUUUGGAGAUGAGGAUAUUGAGAGUGAUAAUGUAGUUUGUUUCGAUGAGUUGGUUCGGGUUUGGGUAGCUGAUCGAGGUGGUGGAGAGUGUGUCUUUGAAGAAAAUUUAAAGGUAUUCUUCCCCCUUUUGACUGACGGAACUUUGAAGGCGAUUGAUGCAAAGUGUAGCAUAAGGGACUUAGUCGGGAUUGUCCUGUGCGAAGUGUUCUUUCUCAAGCUGUACCUGUCGUUAAGGUCGGGGAUGCACUCGGAGGACAUCCUGAAAGAUACUCAAACUCAGGUGGCUCAGAGUAUCAAGGGGUUCCGAAAUUGCAACUUCUUAGUUAUGCUUCUCAAAAUGCUUUUGGAGCCCAACUUGCCCUUGACAGAUUUAUUGAACUCCGAGGAUGCAAUUCCCCUGCGCAAGGUGCUAUAUGAUGCUGUAAUGUUUGCUGAUUAUUCAUUUUAUUCUGGAAGUUUGGUCCAGUCGACUGACAAGCACCCCGAAAGGUUUGCACUUGUAUGGCUGUUAGUCGCUGACCGUGCCUUACAGUUUGCUAGGGCGACAAGUGACGAAACAAGGACCCUUUCUUACCUCAAUACCUUCUGCAAUUCUGCAAUGGUGGCUGAGUUAACUAAGUGGGCGAGUAUUCAAACUCAAACUAUGAAUCGUAACAUUAGACCCAACAUUUCAACUCCCAACACUUUAAUCAGUGAGUUGAUUCUUGAACUUCUCUUGCAUCAUUUCAUUGAUCUUAUUAGAGAUUUUUAUCUUAAAAAAGAACUCGGGUGCACAUAUUAUUCGAACAUCGUACAUAUUGUGUUUUCAGAGUGGCUGCUGCUCCUCGAAGCUCAAGGGAUUCGAGUGUUUGAUCACAGUAUAUCGGCCAUUCAUUCAAUAUCAGAGAUUGGCGAGUCACCCGAUCUGCUCCAUAGAAACAAUCAUAAGAAAAACACCGCGUGCCAUGAAACAGAUGCUGCAAACAAGGACCAAGAAAUGGUUGACCUGUCCGGAAAUGGCAUCCCACCUUCUAACCGCUCGCCAAUCGCACAACCCGAGAUGGGGAGAAAACGCAAAGAGUCUCUUGGUGGUGGUCUGCACGAUUCGCCUGUCAAGCAGAUCAAACUCGGCUUCUAUGGAAACUCUCUCGGCGAAAAGUUGUCACCUUUUUCUCCGGACAACAGAUUGCCCUGCGGGGUUGAGGUCAAGAGCGUCGGAGGCGACGAAGAUAUGGAACUCGUAGGAUGAUUUAGUAAGGUCAUACAUACCUCAACA